AGCUGGCCAGGAUACGUAAAUAUGUAAACUGAGACAGACGGACAAGGAAUCUCUCCAGUCGGUUUUGGGGCUUGCGAUAGCCCUGCAUCAAUUAACAUGAGCCGCCCAAUCACAACCAGGGGGCUGUGACAGAGAGAAGGAGGAGGAGGUGAGGGGGAGACAGGACAGCUUCCCAAGCUGAAGGAGAAAAGCGUCCAUAGUUUCAAGUAGAAGCAACAGGUUCCAAAUUAUCAUUAAAAGAUGCCCGGUACAGCAAGACAUGACCGAGAGAUGGCAAUCCAAGCCAAAAAAGACCUGGUCAAAGCCACAAACCCAAUUGAGAAGCUUCGGCUGCAAUGUCUAUCAAGGGGGUCUGCAGGCAUCAAAGGACUUGGCAGAGUCUUUCGGAUUAUGGAUGAUGACAACAGCAGAACCCUCGAUUUCAAAGAAUUCAUGAAAGGAUUAAGUGAUUAUGCUGUCAUGAUGGACAAGGAAGAAGCACAAGAGCUUUUCAGGAUGUUUGAUAGAGAUGGCAGUGGAACAAUAGACUUUGAUGAAUUUCUCAUAACAUUAAGACCUCCAAUGUCCAAGGCCAGAAAAGAGGUCAUCAUGCAAGCAUUUAGGAAGUUUGACAAAACAGGUGAUGGUGUGGUAACCAUUGAAGACUUACGAGGGGUUUAUAAUGCACAGCAUCAUCCCAAAUACCAGAAUGGAGAAUGGACAGAAGACCAAGUUUUUAGGGCUUUCUUAGAUAAUUUUGAUUCGCCCUAUGACAAAGAUGGGAAGGUUACAACAGAUGAAUUCAUGAACUACUACGCUGGAGUCAGUGCUUCAAUAGACACAGAUGUCUAUUUUAUCAUCAUGAUGAAAAAUGCUUGGAAAUUCUGAUUGCAUGAAACGAGACUGCAUUUCUUGCUUUUUAGCUCCACCUUGUUAAAUACAUACACAAUCAUUAUGGCCACACUUCCUGCAAUAGCAACUUUCAGUCAAUGUGCUGAUUUCAGUAAAUAAGGAGCAGCAGUAAUUACUGUAGCACACUGUUUUUGGCAAAAUCAUCCUCACCUGAUUGGCAAAAGGCCAUGCCAGUCAUCACUCACUUUUGUUUUUUUCUUUUACUCUCCAUAUCUAUCUUUUCUUCUCUCAGGGAACCCCUUUCUCCUACCACUGUACUGACUACCAGUGGUUCCCAAACGUGUCCUUACAUCUAUCGAAUAAGAUGCAGCUGUGUUUUUCAGGAGGUGGAAUAGAAGCGUAGCGAAGAAUUGUGGGAAUGCAAAUACUUCACAUUUUACACCCUGUAAACAUAAGGGCACGCGUGUAGCACAGACGCUGUCCCAGGGUUCCUUAGACGUGUCUGCCAUCUUUUUUUCCCUUCUAUUCUUUUGUGUCUUGACUUUCUCUCCACUCUCUGGGACCAUCCAUCCAGCUUUGCCCUUCUCAAAGAAAACUGUCUUGUGGAUGUAGAUGUUUUAUGGUAUUCUUUUGUAACUGUGCACUGAAAUACUUACCACCGCUCUACCAGACCUACCCCAAAAAACUCUCCCAUUUACUAAGAUGCUACUGCUUGGAAAUUUCUAUGAACUACAGAACUUCGCAGUCUGACAAUUUCUGGCUUUGCUGCUGAAAAGAAAAAAUAAAUAAAUGAGAGAGAACCUAAAAAAAUAGUUGGACUCUUUCUGCAUUUCAGUACCUCUGAGAAUGGCUGGCUGCUCAGUUACCUGUGAGGAGAAGCAGAAGCUUGUUGAAAAAAGGAGCCUGUCUUGCCAGACAGGUCUUAUUUAAUUCUCUCGGCUGUGGUCCCCCAUCCCCAUUGCUUUCCCAUCACCUAUUUCUCUUGUUUGGUUCCUCUUUGUCCUGAAAUAAACUGUUGUCAUUGGAGUUCACAGUUUGCAUGGAGAAGCAGGUAUCCCUUUUUGGUCAUGAAAGCACCACAAGCCGAUAUGUUCAGUCUUAUCAUCCAUAGUGAAAAGCUCAAGGUUUGAUAAACAGUGAGCUACACUGACAGCACGGUGGGUCAGAUUUCCAGAACAACUUGCCACUGGAACCAGAAUUUUAAGAGUUCAGCUCCUAGUUAGAUAGAAACAUAACUGGGUAGUCCUGUGCCCCCGCUGGUGGCCAUGUCUGGGGUCAGCAGCAGGAGUGACUGCUAUUUUUGUGCCCCCUCCCUAAGUCAGCGCCCUGGUCACCGUGCCCACUUGGUUACAUUUGCUUUUAGAAACCAAAAGCAGGCUUACUUUUUGGCUUGAAUCGAUAUGAUGUAGCAGGUAGGUCCCUGGAAUUCCUUACCACAAGCCAUGACCUCUCUGUGCUUUCCUUGAUCAGCACACUUGCUUAAUGAUUUAGUGUGGAAGUUGGGAUGAAUGUACAGUCUAUGGAACUGGUUCCAUUAAGAAAACAUGUUUCAUCAAGAAAAAGAGGAGUCUAUACAUAAUGUAAUACUGUUGGGUCCCAUCAAAUAUGUCUAUGCACAUGAAGUAUAAAGGUGGCUUAUGUGAAAGAUAUAUAUGCCCUCAGCUACAGCCUUUUCAAAAGUUGGCAGUUAUACAUAACCAAUUAAAAAAAAAUGUAUCUAUUAGUUCUGUAACAAGUCUUACAUUCUCUACUAUGAAUGUUUUAAAUAAAAAUGUAACCUUAGUGGACUGUGAGAAUUACAAAGUGAAAAGCAUAU